AUGCGGGAGGCGUUAAAAACAAGGUUAGCUCUCUUUAAGAUAUUGUACACCAAUAGAGUUACGCAAUUUCUAAUAUCUCAGUGGUUUUUCAUAACUUUGGCGGUGUUCAUUGUACUGGCUCACUUCUUCCCAAACUUUGCUCGUCAUGGCGGUACGAUUCGGGCAGAAUACACUAUAGGGUAUGGAGCGGUUGCUGCAAUCUUCCUACAAAGUGGGUUAAGCAUGAAAACACAAAAGCUAUGCUAUAACUUGGGAAACUGGCGUGCCCACCUAUCUGUGCUCACAAUCAGCUUUCUCGUGACGAGCUCUAUAAUGUUCGGGCUGUGUUCUGGGAUCAAAAAAGCAAAUGAUCCUGCUAUCGACGACUGGGUUUUGAUGGGGCUGAUUGUCACAGCAACUUGCCCAACGACAGUUGCAUCCAACGUGGUGAUGACGAAAAAAGCUGGUGGAAACGACCUCUUGUGCUUAUGCGAGGUCUUCAUAGGCAACGUGCUAGGCGCUUUCGUGACACCCGCGCUUGUUCAAAUGUUCACUUCUUCCUCGCUUUUUGCAUUUGGUAAUCCUGCUAGUGGUUCAAGUGUUUCGCAUUUGUACGCAGAUGUUAUGAAACAGAUCGGGCUUUCGGUGUUUGUGCCACUGUUUGUGGGGCAGGUGUUACAGAAUAUUUUCCCGGAGCAAGUUAGUUGGUGUCUCUCCACUUUCAAGUUAGGCAAGGUUGGAAGUUUCUGCCUACUUUUAAUCAUGUGGAGCUCAUUUUCCACCGCAUUUCAUCAGCGUGCGUUCGAGAGCGUUUCUCACGCAUGCAUCAUAUUUGUGGUCUUUUUUAACAUUGCCAUCUACCUGUUUUUUACGGGCAUAUGUUAUCUGUGGGCCAGACCCUGGUUUCUGCCGUUACUUUUCCCUACAGAGCCUACUCAGGACUCUUCAAAGGCGUAUAAGACUUUCUACAAAAUCCUUUCGCCGUUCUACUGCACCAAGAAAAAUGCCAUUGCAGUGAUGUUCUGCGGGGCAGCGAAAACCGCUGCACUUGGAGUUUCCUUAGUAACAUCCCAAUAUGGUAGCGACUCGCCCCACUUAGGUAAACUGCUUGUUCCGCUUGUGCUUUACCAAAGUGAGCAAGUUAUUACUGCCAAUUUUCUGGUGUCUUUCUUCAAAAAAUGGGCAGCCGACGAAAACAACGCUGUUAUAGAAACAGCCCAAGCCUCGAAUGACAUAGAAAGCGGAGCCACUUCAAGUGCAAAAAAGUCUUGUAACAUCGACAGAGAAACCCUGGCAUCAUCUUCCGCAAUGAAAUGA